AUGCGUCCCCGCGGUCCGAGCAUCACCCAUUCUCCCCGUCGUCAUAAUCGUUCUCCUCGCAACAGGUCAGCUUCAACCGAGACUUCACCAUCGGAGCAGGAGGAGGAGGAGGAAUUUCCAUCCGUACAGUCCGAUCAGUUCGAGGGGGUGUCUGAGCUGGGAGAUCAGACCGCCGUCGAUGCCCCGGACAACGAACACGACAGGGCCUCAGACAAGUCCUCGGACAGCUUCUCAGACAGCUCCUCGGAAUCAUCCGCCAGACCGGAAUCAGACGUGGAACGAAGAGCAAGCGCCGCUGAUCUGGGAAGACAUUCGCGACAGCUUCCAUUGGCACACGUUGAAGACUUCGACGGGGAACCUCGGGAGCGUGAUAUCAUAGAUUCUUACAGCCACCGGGCAAAGGAUAUGAUCCUCUCACACGACGAAGACGAUGAGGACGAAGACCCAAUCCCGAUACGACUCCCUACCCUGACGCCAGCAAACACCUUCUAUUCAACGGCCUCGGAUUGCAGCGAAGACGAGUUCGGAUCGUUCGAAGAGCCUACUCAACAGAUCGACGAGCAGGUCAACGAGAGCGUUUACGUCACGCCUGGAGAGCAACGCUUAUCCUCACAUCAUGGACACGUCUACUUUACCGAACUGGCUCGGUCAGACAGAGAACAGCCUCAACCCAGAGCACGAUCAGCCUCUGCUUCGACCGGGGCACCCUUGAAGAGCGCUUUGGUCCGGUCUCCACAGUCAAGUACGCCUCCUUCACUCUCAUCCGACCCGGGCACCCCCAAACAGAAAAAGUCGACACGCUUCGUGGGCGAUGAGGAGGAAGCGGGAUUCAACAUCGGACGAGCGGCUACACACACAUGGUCUACGCCGACUACUCCAGCUGUUCUCAACCCACGCAGCUUCACUGCUCCGCCAGAAUUGUCUCCGCAUCCUAACAAUGGCAGAGAAGACGAGCUUUUCGCGACUUCGCCAUGGAUCCCGAACGAAGACGAGAAUGUGUUCGAGCAGCAAGCACGCAUCGCGCGGACAUUUGAAAAGGCAGCUGAAGCAGACGAGCAAGCAGAUCUGGAAGAUGACGCAUCUGAUGCCGCUGAAGACGCCGAUCACGAGGACAAUACGCAAGACAGCAGCGAGACGAACUCUCUAGAUCCGCGCCCUGAGCGUGAUGAUGAAAAUGACCCCUUUGAGUUAGAGAGCACCGCCGGCAAGCCCACAGACAAUGAAGACGACGCUCUCACUGGGGAAACAGUUUCUUUGCUCAGCCCGGGGUAG